AUGGAGACGACUGCCAAGCUCGCCGUCCUCAUCGACGCCGAUAAUGCCCAGCCUACUGCGGCCCCCGCUCUGCUCGCUGAAGUCGCCAAAUAUGGCACCGCCUUUGUGCGACGGGCCUAUGGUGACUGGACCGGCACCAGCCUCAAGGGCUGGAAAAGCCAGCUCCUCACACAGUCGAUCCAGCCGAUUCAGCAAUUUGCAUACACCCAGGGAAAGAACGCGACGGACUCCGCUAUGAUAAUUGAUGCUAUGGACCUACUCUAUACGAACCGCUUCGAUGGUUUCUGUCUCGUUUCCAGCGACAGCGAUUUCACACGGCUAGCAGCGCGCAUCCGCGAGUCCGGUCUGGUUGUAUACGGCUUCGGGGAGCAUAAAACGCCCAAGCCCUUCGUUUCAGCAUGCGACAAGUUCAUCUACUUCGAGAACCUUGCCUACGAUGAGCAGCUUGCAGUGCCACAAGAAAGGGCCGCCAUUGUGGAACCACUCGACCAAGAAGCCUCUUUAAGCACGGUCAAGAGUGACAUCCCCCUGGAGAGACUGUUGCGAAUGGCGGUUGAGGCCGCGUCGGACGAUGAGGGAUGGGCCAAUCUGGCCAAGGUUGGCGCACACAUCACCAGGCAGUUUCCGGAUUUCGAUCCACGCAGUUUCGGAUAUCUCAAGCUUAGCGAUUUGGUCAUUGCUACCGGUGUGUUCGAUAUUGAUCGCCGCUGUCCUGGAGAGGGAAAGGCGACGGUCAUCUACGCGCGCGUCAAGCGCUCGCAGCAUGUAAACGAUGCCAGAAUGACGAGUCCAUCGGAAACCCUCAUCUAA